GCACUGAAAUCGAAUCCGCCUCGGCUUCAGCAAUGGUAAACAUGUUUAGUACCGGUACACGUGUAUUGCCAGCACGUGUACCAUGCUCAGCGCUAGCGACGUGCGAUAAAUGCCCCCCCCCCCCCCCUCUCCUGCAAUCGCAAGUCGCGUCGGAGCAUAGCUCUAUGGCGCAGCUGGCCGCGGUGUUACGUAUGCGGAAUAAAUACACACGAGUAUUAGCUGUAUUCUGUGUGUGUACGCCUUACGAAACGUCGGCUUUUUUGUGGCACUGGCGUUAUCUUUUUUGUCAACUUUGGAUUAGGCUAGAUCUAUCCUUUUUGGAGAACGAUUGCUGAUCAUGCUAAACCGAGGAAGUUGUCCACAACUACUCUUCGUACUUUAAAUCUUGAGACCCGAACAAUUGGAAUUGAAAUAUGUCCUGCAAGUUUUGGAUAUAUUCAUCGUUUAUUCAGCAUUUAUUCGGAUUUGGGAAUUACGGCAUAGCACAGGCCAGGACAGCGUAGCAACUAGCAUAGCCGAAGCGAAGAAACCAGGCAGAUCUUUCCGUUCGAUCGGUGAUUUGAUUUAGAACUCUGAUCUCCUGUCUAUCACUAUCAGUAUCACUGUAUCUUUUGAAGUUUGAGUAACAGACGCCUACAAACGAUUACUUAGAAAGAUGGAGUGGCUCAUUAUGGGAGGUGGCUUAAAUGCCACGGCAACCAAUCUUGGUUACCAGGAAGAUUCGAGCUAUGUCAUUACAGAGGAGUGCAAGGAUGUUUUGGAUGUCAUGGUGAACAACAUCUUGCAAGAAAGCAAGGUGAAGUGCCAGGCAAGGCGCAGUGUGGCCAAUAGUCGUCUCGUUCAGAUGGACUUAAUCCCCAUUCUUUGCCACUCAACAGAGGAUCCUGAAGUGUUUGAUGCCAUUGUACGAUUAUUAAUGCACCUGUCGAUGCCAUUAGAGGUUGUCAUGCCGAUCGUCAAGAAGCUAACUAAAGAAGAUUAUCAGAAGAGGCAUGAACUUCAGAAGAUGCUGGUGACUAUCAAGAAAGAAUUCACUCAGCCGAUGGUCAUAAACUGUCUUGUCAGCCAAAUGGCACUGAUCAUCGAAGAGGCUGGAACUUAUCCCAUUGACAGAACUAAUGCAGAGACACUUAGUAACUGUUUGACACUGAUCAGGAAUGUACUCUAUGUGAAUUACGAGCGCUAUAAGGUCGGAAGUCUCAAGAACGACACAAUCAUUGGAAACCUUUUCAAAGCUGAUUUCCAGGAUGUUCUGAAAGAGAUGUGUCGCAGACCUGAAGGGAGCAAAUGGCUGUCAUCACUACUUCAAGUACUGCAUCUUAUGUACAAGGAUACAAAUUCACACAAAUUGGUGUCAUACCUGAAGCGGAAACAUGAGCAUAAUCUUCGAGUUGAAGAGAGUUCCAAGGCGAUGGGCUGUGGUCCAGCCUCACCAUCACAAAGCAAUGGCAGCUUCAGCCAAGAGAAAGCAAGCAAUGGCAACCCUACCCCAUCACCUUCUAACUACUGCGCUAAAGCAUCCGGCACUGAAAAGAAACCUGCAGCAGAACAGAUGGAAACGUCUUCUAAGGAGGACACCAAACAAGUUCCAGACGCCACAACAACCACGAGCCCCUCUUCACCAUCAUCAUCAACGUCCAGUUCCGAGACCAUUCUAGAACCCCUCUCACCGGUCCUUCCCGGACCAGGUCCAUCUUGCCAGUCCAGGGACACCUCGGGUAGUGAGACGAGUAGUCAAACGCUCUCACGUAGUGGGACCCCCACUGUGGAUAGCAGCGAUGACAGUACUGUACAAGAGGGAGAUAGUUCUGGUCAGAGUGGUAGUUCAGGUUCAUCUGGCUCAUCUACGUCAUCCGAUGGCGAUUCAGAGAAAGGAGGAAUCAAUUCUUUAAAGAGGACGAACAUGAAAAAAUUAGCACAGCUUGGUCUGGAUUACAUCAAGUAUGGCAUGGACAAUAUCCUUAUACAAUGCAAGGAGGACUUGAAGAACAUGGUAACAAACCAUUAUUUCCUGUGGCAGAUGAAUUUCUUCCUUCCAUUCACUACCCAUCCAGAGGUGGCCUAUACAGAUAUCAAACUCACACUUUCAGCUCCAGUUUUCAGCCAACUUUUAUCAUCAACGUUAAUGACAUGGGAGGAAUACGUCCAGGCAAGCAACCAACGUAACAAUGAUAGCAAGUCAAACUCAGUCUUCAAAAUUUUAAACAUGCAGACCUCGACGUUGCGUCAAAUGCUACAUGCCGUGCAGCAGUUCACAACGAAUCCUCAGAACUCGGAUAUCAUCCAUAUGAAGACAAUCCUGGCUACCAUAGCAUUGACCCAUGCAGUGAGGAACUUCUACUACCUGCUCAUCCGCAAAUUCCAGCCCACCCAACAGACGCUGUCCUUCCUGCGAGAGAUAAUCAUCGGGAACGAUCUGGUCUUGCGGAUCAUAGACCAGGUCCAGCACAUUCACAGGCCCCAGUGGGGCACGCUGAACAUGACUAAACAUAUCGGAAAAUUUGCAACCAGACCCAUCAUGCGUGUCUACAACUACAUGCUUUCCAAGUUCUCCCACAACACGCUGGAAGAAAACGAGGUUGUCAUGACCAUGAUGCAUCACAUAGCCGUAGAUAUUGCCCAACCAGAGGUCCUCUAUCAGAUCCCCAUCUUGACUUCUUUUGCCUGUCUUUGGGAAGCUGGAGGUGGACAUAUCACGAAGCAAUCCCAUGAUCUGAUAGACUACAUCAUCCAUGAGUUCUGUGUCCUUGGCAGUGCGAAUAAAGAGAAGUGUUUAAAGACGGUCACAAUGCUCGAUAGCAUUCGUCCUUGCAAGAGGAAACACAUCACUGAUGCGCUUACGAAGAAUAAGGUGUUGAAGUUGGCAACGGAGACUAAAGGGUUGUAUGUGCCUCGUGAUGAGAGUGAUGAUGAAGAGGAAGAAGUAGAUACUACCAAACUCACCAAACCAAUCCAGGAACUCAGUGUUGAAGAAUGUCUGACAGCACUCAAAUUUAAAGGAUUUGAUGAUGAGAUUGUUGAAUUGCAGAGCAUUCUUCUAGAAAUCUGCUACUUCAAAUUGAAUUGCCCCAAGAUUCAUGUAGGAGAGCCACACAUAUGGCACUGCUGUUCUGAUGGGAAGUCCGUUCCUAUCAUCCCAUUCACCGAGAGUUCGGAGGAAGCUCACCGAGACACUCACUUCAAGACCCUACUUCAUAGGCUUGGUCUCCACACUGCACAGGACACCUGUAGGCUUCACCCAUCCAUACCAGCCUUCUGGACCAGUGAUAUGUGCUAUAAGACAGCUAUCAAGCUAGGAGAUAUUCAAGAAGCUAACCUGAAGUUUGAGUUGGACAAGAUCAAGAAGGUACCGGUGGAAUGCAAAGAGAUGUCUGGUAUGACACACGAGGGCGUCAUGGUCAAUCUAGAAGACCUCGAUCUGGGCAAAGACACCAAUGAGAAACCAAUAGCGAACCCGCCAUACUUCCAAGUUCCUCUUCAGAUGUGGUGCAAUGUGAUCAAGAGAGCCAACAGAGUGGUCUAAGGAUGUCCUCACCAGAGAAAAGCCUGUCAAGGUCUUGUUACCAGCAAAAGACUCUGAUCAUCUUAACCUCAUUAGUAUGGGCUUUGCUAUAGCCAAGUCUCUUGGAUAGGCCGUAGAGCCUUAGGGCUCGUUACAGAGUGAAUGCCUUGUUGAAAAGCUAGCUAACUCUGAACAUCAGAACCUCAUUAGUAUGUGCUUCGCCAUAGCCUAGUCUCUUGGAUAGACUGUUGAGUUGUAGGGCUCUUAACAUUGGAGUGAAUGGCUUGUAGAGUGUCUAGCUACAAACAAAAUAUUUUGAUCCUCUAAGCCUUUUCAUUAUGUGCUUCAAUACAGCCAAAUCUCUUAGAAGGAUAUUGAGCCGUAGGGCUCUUUAACAUUGGAGUGAAUGCCUAGUCAAAUGCCUAGCUACCAGCUAAAAACUUUGAACAUCUAAUCCUAAUCAGUAUGAGCUUUUCUCCAUCCAAGUGUCUUGGAUAGGCUCUGGAGCCAUAGGGCCCUCAACAUUGGAGUGAAUACCUGGUUGAAUAUCUAGCUACCAGCGAAAGACUCUGAUCAUCUAUACCUCAUCAGUAUGUACUCCGCACCACUUAAUUUUCUUGGACAGGCUAUGGCUUUCUACUGCAAGGCCAUGAAUAUUCUGAAAAGCCUGAGAUACAUGAUAAAUGCUCAGUCACAAUCACUAUUCUUUGACUAAUAUGGUUGGUUUAUCUUCAAUUUGCUUAGUCACAAUCAGUAUUCCCUGACUGAGAUGGUUGGUUUUAUCUUUUAUGAGUCAUCCAAGCCAGGAGUCCCUACUAUUAAUAAUACCGAGAAUAAGUUGGCCUAAAAUUUUAUUUGUAUAAGGAAACCAAAUUAUUUUCAAGGGGAAAUGUACUUGUUUUGUUACCUGGUACCAUCAUUGUUGCAGUAUGAUGUAAUGAAUUUGUGUGUUAUUCAAGUGGGCUUAUAUUGUAAGACUACACUUCUCAGAAUGGUGCAUUAUGGGUUAGUAAUAUGACCAGAUUUGAGUCGUUGAAGACUUGAGGUGGUGUUAUUAAUGCAAUUGGUUAAUGUUUGCUUUAAAAAACUUUAAACUCUCAUUCCUAUAAAUAUAGCACUGGGUUUGGUUUUUAGGGAUAAGUAAACUUCUCUCGGACAGUAGACAACUCAAUAAACACUUUGUGGAAUUUGAUAGAAAGAAAAAUGAUUUUUAUUUAAGAUUCAAGGAAAUUUUACACUUUAUGAUUAUAUAUAUCUAUUUAAUGUGCAAUGUUUCAACCUUUUCUGUGUUGUAUAAUAUUUUGUAUAUUUAAUAUUUGUCUAAUGAUAUUCUGUAAAAUAUUGGUGAACAUGAUCAGGAUAAAUUAUAUCAUUAAUUAGAGUUUUAGUUGAAGUUGGUUCUUUGUCUCCCCCCUUUAAAUAGUUAUAUGAUGACUAUUUGUCUAUGUCAGCAAAAAUUCCAGUUUUAUUGUCUGUGAUACUUUUGUUAUUGUUAGCUAAGUGAACAACCGUUUGUGGUGGGGCUGAUUCUUUUUUAUGAAUGACGUACAGAGGUUUGUUCAGCAUUUUUAUACUAGUCUGUUAUUGUUUGCACAUUUCUGUUUGAAAACAAUUUUUUGGAAGAGAUGGCAGUUAACCCUAAAAGGACUGGGCUAUUUGAGAUGUAUUGAGGACUGGGGGGGAGGGCCAUGAUGCCCCCCCCCUUCUGAUCUGGGUUGCGUUCGCACUGAAAUUUGGCGCACACAUUCUUUACCACAUAAACUACAGUACAAGCUAGUAUUUAAGAAGUUCUGAAAAUACUUAUUUGUUAAUUAUUAUGAAUAAAAUAUACAAAUUUAUUAAUGAAAAACAUUAUUUGCAUAGUUAAUACCCUAUUUCACUUCAAAUCUUCUUCUUUUUUUGCUGAUGUCAUCUUUGUAAUAUAAUUUAAAGGUUUCCACAAAGAAAGAUUGUGAAAGCCAACUUUGUUUUUAGAAUUUCUUAUGUAUUUCCUUGUUUUUUCAUCCUGUUUUUCAUUGUUUUUUCAAUGGAAAUUACUACAGACCAUUAAGCAACUAAAUUAAACCCUAGAUUAAUUAAACGAACUAAUAAGAACAAAAAAUAAUCACCCUGUUAUGAAUUUCAUCUCCCAUAGACUUUGUACACAAAGUAUAAAAAUGAGCCAUUUUCGGCAUGACAUUGCCUCAUAAAAAGUCACGUGACGUCGCGAUGGUAUACUUGUAUGUCGCGAAUUUGGUCUCAAAAUUUGCGCGAGACUUAAGUAGAAAGUCAUAAAAUUUUGUGGCGCUAUCUUUUUUGCGCUUCAGAAAUAUCACGUGAAGCGUCAAGGGAGGAGGCAAUCAUGCCCCCCCCCCCAGUCCUUUUAGGGUUAACCUUCAUAUACCAAAGAUAAAAAAAUGACAACACAAUUUUUAAAGUAAUUUUUUGCUCCCUUCCCAUUGUUUUUUAAGGGCCCAUGUUUCACUGUACAUUCAUUUGAUGUGAACUACUACAAGUAAUGUGAUGUGAUGACCAGGGCCUGGUCAUACAAAGAGUUGCAAUGCAUUAGAUUCAAAUCAAUCUCACACAUUGUGAUUGAUCUCAAGUUCCUAUCUGAUAAUACUAUCCUGUAAUUCUCAUCUCUUAACUACACAAGGUUUGAAAAAUCACAAUUUGAAAUUGAUUUUCAAUAAAUUGCAACUCUUUGUAGGAAUAAAACCUAAGGAUAUAAAUGCUGUUGUCAUUGAUAACACACACCAUGAAACCGGGUCCAGUCUGGCCCAAUCAGUUAUUUGUAAAUUUUGGAAACUUCAAUUAUUAAGCUCAUUAGCUGUGAUGUCAUUAGAAGGAUCAUUCAUUGCCCAAAGUUUGCACAAAAAGGUUCAACAUUUAAUUGUCUUGCACAUGUUUCUAGUAUUUUUUUUUUUAUUUGUAUCAAGUCCUUGAGUUCAAAAUUAUUAACCACAGCAAGUUUACACUCACUGUAUUACCUCUUAUCUUACCUUUCCUCACUAUGCAUAUUUUUUUCAUACAUGUAAAUUAUGACAUAGUCAUCACAUCUUUGUAGUCUUGUUUUUUUUUUUUUUUUUUGGAUAAAGCACUUAGUACCUGUAAAUAUAUUUUGGUGUAUUUCUAUUUUGUAAAAAAACAAAACAAUAAAGAAAAUCUUAUUCUUGAUUUGAUUGCUAUUGGAUUAUUGGUUGUUUUAACUGAUGUAUUUGAGAUUUUGUUAUUGUAUGCUCUUACUGAUCAGAUAAUUCAACACAUAGGUGACUGUAUCAUGAUUGAAAACAUUCUAAUUUAUUGACAUUUACAUGUAUGUGUGAAAAGUGUAAUAUUUUGAUGCAUUAAAUCUUUUCUUUGCACA